CUUGAAUUGAUUUUCCGUGCAACUCACAUUUUACCUCUUACAAAUUGCCUCUUGACUGGCUACCAACACGCAAUAAUUCUGGGCGGCAUCACGCCGUUGUCGACGCCAUGAGCUUGGAGCAGUUGGCUCCGUCCCGGCGCAAAGCCUUCUACUUUGCUGAAUACUUGAGAGGAGGAUUUUUCAUGGCUCAUUCGUGCGGUAACGGCCGCUUCGUCCAGGGCGAUCCAAGCGCAGACCUUGACAUCUGCUUCAACCUCCGCAAGAACAAGAGCUCACUCAUCAUCCAAAUCCUCGAAGAAAAGCUCAUACGGUGGCUGAGCGCAAUUCCAUCGCUGCAUGACAACCAUUGGCUUCGGGGUGGCUCCGCUGGUAACCUCAUCCCCAUGGACAGUCUACUACCACACUACCCAGAAAUGAGUGCCAAGUUCGACCAGGAUAGAAGGGAGGGACGCACCUUCGAAACCCUCGAGUUAUUUGUCCGUCAUUUCCUCCGCGAAGGCUCGGUCUUUGCCAUCUUCGGCCUUGGGAAUCUCCAUAAAAGUGGCAUUCUUACAGAUCUCCAUUUCUAUGAUAUUCUAAGUCAAGACCGCCCUAUGUCUGAAGAUCUCGACCUUCUAGACGAAGCCGUCGACGAGAUUGACGAGCGGGAUAUCAAAGGGCCAAAUAACUCUUUGCGCUUCGUAGAUGAGCCUAUCCAAUCCCAACUCCUGACUGCUAUCAGCCGGCACGAGGCCCAAGAACGCAGAACCAUAGUGCACCGAUUACUCGCAAAAGUUGCCAACUCAUGCCAAAAACUGUUCGAAGCAAGCAUCAUGCAGAACGCCUCUGCUGGAGUCAAAGCAUUUGUGAAUCAAGUCGGCACCAGCGCGUCCGUCUGGAAGAGCGGAACACGUGCGACUCGAGAUAUAUGCGAGGGCUACAUGCCGCGCAGCCUGUCAGAUAUCGUCAGCGCGUUGCAAGUUGCAAAUGCAAUGCGGUCAGUCGUACCACCUUCAAGACUAGGGUACUCGAAGAAAGAAUUUAUUGAUGACAUUCCACGAUGGGCCUCACUUUUAAGUCCGGAUGACCAACACCUGUUCUUUGAAAUUGCUUCCUAUCUCUGGGGAAUUCCGGCCUCAACAGUCGCCCAUGAAAUGGCAGACAGUUUCGCGCGCCCUUUGAUGUCCUUACAAGACAUAGACGAGCGUCCCGUGAGGACAUCCGGGCUUUUUGACCAUGGGUCCGAAAACUCUUAUCGGCUGCAAACUCUACGACAACAAUACCUUUUCGGCACGCCUCCUACCCUUACGCGUGAAAGAAGACUUACUUUAGCCGAGUGGGAUCCAUUAGCCAAGCAAACGAAACAAGGGAAUUCGCCCACCAAUGCCCCCAAGUGCUUAAUGGCAAGCGCCAAUUCCCAUCAUCUCACAUUCGUAGUUAAUAGUGUUAGUGUGGUUGAUACCGUCAUGGACUGCUCGCCCAGUGUGUCGUCACAUCUGACGGCUUCAUCAUCAGCUACUACCAAUUCAGCCUCCUCGGUGAUUACAGCUACGCAUGGCUCGACUACCAUGGGCACUUCGAUAGACGGAACGAUUUACUGCGAGCAUUGCACCUCAACAUUUAAACUCGGAAAGAACGGCCGCAGGGGCCAGGCCAGCAAUCUCCAGAAACACAUGAAAAUUCACCAUCCCGAGACUAUACCAGAUUACCACCGAGCAAUAUACAACUGCCGUUAUGGCUGUGGCACGAGGGAUCCUAAUAAAUCGAAUAUCAAGGCCCAUGAGAAUAAACACUGCGCGAACAGGAAAGGGAAGCAGCCAAGACGCCAUGGCAAGUGGAGACAGACUAUUACAUGAUAAUCUUGAUUGUAAAGCACCUCAGCACACUGGCCUUCUGGCUAUAAGUGUAUACGCCUAUUCUUAGAGGAUCUGCUAUUAUAUCUAUAUUUCUGUAGUAAGUGCUACUAUAUCUACAUUUUUCUAGUAACUGCUACUGUAUCUACAUUUUUUUUUAGUAACUGCUGCUAUAUUUACAUAUUUUUAAUAACCGCUACUAUAUUCAUAUAAUAAAGUUCUAAUGCUGGCUGAAUAUGUGAUAGGGA